AUGGACUUGGGCAAAGUUGAAACAGGAAGCAGUGGUGACGAGGAUAUAGGCCCGGGUCCACUGCAACCAAAAAGAGCUCUUCCGAAGGAUCUCCCUAUGUCGCUAGACGACAGGCGGCGGCCUCAAUACGAGGCUCAAGAAGGGGAGAUGUAUGAUGCCUGGCAAGGACAAUCGCAGUACUUUACGACACCGAUGCCUGCCAAGCUCAACUUUUCGUUGGAUAUAGACCACGACUCCGAUGAGGAUCGAAAGGAGAAAGAACGAGAAAACAAUGACAAACGGCUCGAGUCCAUGUUAGCAGCCCAAGCUGCUUUCCACUCAGACGAUUCUGAAUUAAUCAACGAAGAUGAUAUCCUCAACAGUUCAAAGAUGUCAGAGCAGGAGAAAAAGGCUAGGCUUCAGAAACUGCUCAAUAUGGCAGCGAGUAAUGGCGAACCGGAAAGGGUGAGAAAAAUACUGAGUGGGAGAGCUAGGGACUAUAUUGAUGUGGACGCUGUGGAUGAAGAAGGCUCAAGCCCUCUCAUAUACGCCGCGUGCUUUGGGCACGAAGAGGUAGUGUCACUGCUUGUCACAGCAGGGGCAAACGUCAACCUGCAAGACAGCCACAAGUGGAGCUCACUCACAUGGGCUAUGACCAAUCGCCAUAAAGGGAUCGCAAAGAUACUCCUAGAUCAUGGGGCAUCUUCAGAAAUCAAAACAACAUCUGGCGGUACAGCAUUUGACUUCGUAGAACCCCACAGCGAAAUGUCUGACUAUCUACAAGAAACUGGGUACAUCGGGAAUGCCGGGAUCACGGAGGAUUUUUACGACACAGGGAUGGCGGAGGAGAGGUUUGAGGAGCAAAUGCUAGAGUAUGAAAUGAAGAGGCGGAUGAUGAUGGAGAGUUCCAUAAAUCUUGAGGUCGACCUCUCGAGCCUUGGACUUGACGAACAGCCUGACACCCCCCCAAAUGACGAUUUUGAUGACAGCGAGGAUUUCGUUUGGGACAAAUGUUUACCAGAUCAGAUGUUCGUAUUCUCAGAACGGGACCUACCUAGGAUCAUGGACAUCGUCGUGACAAAUAUGCUCCCUCAACGGUCACCGUCCCAAAAACCCAUACCUGCAAAUGUCCUCUUUCUUAGCGCCCGGUUUGCUCACUAUAGCGGUAAUACUGAGCUGCUGAGAAAACUUCUCUUUAGGUCUAUGGAGGCGAUUAACAGCGUUGUGGAAGAGCAUCAGUGGGAUAUGACGAUUCUGGCUUUCUGGAUCUCCAAUUGCACUCUGUUGCUCCACUAUCUGCGGAAAGACACAGGUCUAGUAGGGAGUACGGUUGAGUUCCAGGUUCAACUAGCCGAAUUAAUCAACGAGAUCUAUAUCUUAAUUGUCCGCGAUGCCGAACGGCGUAUUGACAAAGUCCUAGAUGCCUCGAUGCUGGACCAUGAAACAAUCCCUGGCUUUGAAGAAAUCCACUUCCAAAACGAAUGGAGGAUAUUUAGAAGCCGAAAAAAAGUCCACCCUGAACCGCCAAUGAAUGUAAAGCGAUUCCGACCACCUAGCCCCAAACGUAAGGCGCAACCUUCACCAAGAAUGGUAACAUCACUGUUAUCAUCGACACUCUUUGUGCUGGACCUCUACGACAUCCAUUCUGUGAUUGCAACUCAGAUAGUAUCUCAAUUAUUUUACUGGCUGGCGGCUGAACUAUUCAAUCGAAUAAUGUCGAACAGAAGGUAUCUCGCGAGGACCAAGGCCAUGCAAAUAAGGAUGAAUAUAUCUGUUCUGGAGGAUUGGGCACGAUCAAACAAUCGAUCGCCAGAGCACUACGAGGGAGGAUCAUUACACAGCAGUGGAGAGACAACAACGGAGGCAUCGAAAAGGCAUCUGGAGCCUGUGAUACAGCUACUACAGUGGUUGCAGUGUUUCUCAUCCAUGGGCGAGGACCUAGAGUCGCUAAAAUCCACCAUCGACCAAAUGGACCGGCUAUCAGCACAGCAACUUCUUCAUUCAGUGAAACAUUACCGUGCUGAAGUUGGGGAAAAGACACUGUCAAGAGAGUGUAUGAGGUUCCUCGUACGCCAGAGUUUAGACAUUAAUGAUAGGAGGAGGAAGCUUCGAGCCUCCAUAUCGAAUGUAGAAGUCACUAGCCCGACCCUCUCUUCGCCAGCAUCACCUAAUCCGGGUACAAAUAAGAAUGUACCGGGAAAACAUGAAGACGGUCCACCAGUCCAGGAAGAAGAUGGUGGAGAUGCACCUGAGAAUCUCUUAUUUGAUCCCGCUCUGAUGCUACCGUUCGUUCUCCCGACGUCGACUGAUAUGCUACUUACAUUUGGGGCUGGAUUAGGUGGUGUUAAUCGGGAGAGAGAGAGAAAAUACCAACCAUUUCUCCCGGAAGAAUUUCUUAAUACCCUAGACGCCUCCGCUGGAAAAAAUGAUCAUGAUCAUGUGAGCUACGUCGGCCCUUCCCCGUGGGAUAAUGAUGAAGACGAAGAUGAAGACGAAGAUGACAAUGAACGAGGUACGCAAAAUGGCAGGCGGUCUUGA